AUGGUCCUGUUCCGCCAGGCCCUGCCGCGCUACUCGGGCCAGUACUCGGUGUCGACCCUCGACCUCGAACUCGCCGUCCCUCCUCCUCCUGCUGUCGGCCGCUCCUUCUCGCCCGCCACCCUCAAGGCCUCGGGCAAACCCGCACUCGAGCUCGACACGGUCCUCGCCACCGUCUUCUACCCGGCCAACCCGCACCCGACCUCGUCGUCGGCCCGCCAGCCCUGGCUCCAGCGUCCAGUCGGCCAGACUGGCGAGGGUUACGCCCGCUUCCUCAACUUCUCAAAACCCUGGGUCCUCAAGGCCCUCUUCUGGCUCGUCGGCGCACGCAUUCGCCUCCCCGUCGCCCAAAACUCGCCCCUCGCCGACCACCUCGCCUCCUCGUCGUCCUCGGCUUCGGCCGACACGCUCGUCGACAGCCCCGACUCGGCCUCUCACUGGUGCGGCGAGAUCGCCUCGCGGGGCUACAUCGUCGCCGCCAUCGAGCACCGCGACGGCUCGGGCCCCGUCUCGGUCGUGCGCCUUGACGGCGGCGACGAGCGCGUUGUCGACUACCUGCGCCCGGAGGAGCACCUCAGCUGGCCCACGGGCACCCACCCGCAAACCUCGCUCGAGUUCCGCUCGUCGGCCCAGCUCCCGUUCCGCCUCGCCGAGGUCUCGGCCCUCGCGCACCACCUGCGGCGCCUCAACGCGGGCGAGGGCGCCGCCGUCGCGCGCGAGAACCGGCGCGUCGCCGACCGUGAGAAGGACGAGCUCGGGAAGAGGCUCGAGCGGUGGAAGGGCAGGGUCGGGCUCGACGGCGAGAUGGUCAUGGCCGGGCACAGCUUUGGCGGCGCGACAACUAUUCAAGUCCUGCGCGCGGGCAACUCGGCCUUCCCGUUCGUGCGCGGCAUCGCCCUCGACCCGUGGGCCGACCCGAUCCCGCCCGCACCCUCGCCCUCACACCGCCGCCGCUCGUCGUCGACCUCGCUCGCGCAGCUCGUCGAGGCGGCCGAGUCGCCGUCGACCGCCGAGGCCGACCCGGACCCGGCUGCGACCGCGUCCUCACGCGACGGCGCCAAGGGCGGCAAGGUCCCGCUCGACAUCAAGGUGCCGCUCCUCGUCAUCAACAGCGAGAGCUUCACGCUGUGGAAGGCGCACUACAAGCUCGUGCGCGACAUUGUCACCUCGGUCGGCGGCGGCGCAGAGCGGUACCUCCUCACGCUUGUCGGCUCGAUCCACACCUCGUUCUCCGACCUCCCGCUCCUCCUGUCCUCCCUCCCUCUCGUUCCCUCGUCCCUCGCACGCCGCACCGGCGCUCGCGUCGACCCGCUCGUCGGCCUCGGCGCCGUCGUCGACGCGUGCAGCGAGUUUCUCGGCGGCGAGGGCCGCACCGGCGCCGUGCUCGGGCGCGAGGUGGACCAGGGUGACGGCGAGGAGAAGGGCGAGGACGGCAAGACGAGGCUCGUCGGCGAGCCGGGGAGCUGGAGGGUGCACGUCGCGAGCGAGGGCAAGAAGAAGACGUUGUAG